UUCAAGUGCCGGUCCCACCUCCCCAAAAUGGAAGAGAAAUGAAGAUUCCUCCAGACAAAAGCCCUGCGCUUCAAGUGCCUGUCUCACCUGCCCAAAAUGGAAGAGAAUUGAAGAUUCGUCCAGACAAAAGCCCUGCGCUUCAAGUGCCUGUCCCACCUCCCCAAAUUGGAAGAGAAAUGAAGAUUCCUUCAGGCAAAAGCCCUGCGCUUCAAGUGCCUGUCUCACCUGCCCAAAAUGGAAGAGAAUUGAAGAUUCGUCCAGACAAAAGCCCUGCGCUUCAAGUACCGAUCCCACCUCCCCAUAAUGGAAGAGAAAUGAAGAUUCCUCCAGACAAAAGGUGCCACACAAUAAAGCUCUUACUGCCCACAGAGUGCCCAGGGUGCCCCAACAACUGUACUAGAAAGUCAAAGCUCACAGGUUUUCUUGCCUGGGUAUAA